ACUAGCAGCAUGCCAGCAACAGUAGAGCGUGUUCUGCAACUGGCGUUGUGCUGUGUCGUCGUCACGGCUAGGCCAGAUGACUGUGUACAUGGAUGCCAAAGAAAGAUUCACAGAACUGACUACAGUUGGUCCAGCUCACAGUCCUCACCCAGCAGCGAUUCGGCAAACUUCAACUUACAGCAUGGUGCAAUGCCAUUCAAUUUUGGAUCAGCAAGUAAUGAUUUUGGCACCCCAGGCUUUGGUCCGCUUGGGACGAUUCACUCAGGAACUAGCACUUACAGUAACAGUCCCAGCUCUGCACGAAGCUUCUCUGGAUCUGUCAGGACCAGGGAACAAGUGUUUAGUGAACGCGGAGGAUACGGUGGUUAUGACGCCGUUGGAAGAGGUGGAACUAUAGGUGAUGCAGCACCAAGUACCAACUAUGCUCGUAGUGGGUCGUUAGGUUUUGGGACUGGGACAUUUGGCCAUGCUUCAGGACUUGGAAAUGGCAGAUUGAAUAAUGCUAAUGCAGUAAUGUUAAGUAGCAGUGGUGGACUGACGCAAUUAGGGAAUGGAAUGGAACACGGACACAGUAGAUUUGUCACCAGCUUUGGGAGUGGACUUUCGGGAGAGGGCGGGCCACAUGUAGCUAACGGUGGUAACGGAGCACGAAGUUCAACUUCCUUUGUACACCGUUCAAAUUUUGAAAAAUACACAGAAAUCGGUGGAGUUGGAAACAGUGAUUUGGGAUCCGGAAGGCUGGAAUUGUCAAAAGUUAGCGGACCUAGAAUUGGAAGUAAUUCCUUAAGAAGUGUAGCAAACGCUUUUGGUAGCGUAGGAAAUAGCAGAAAUAAUUUAGAAUCAACAGUGUAUCCAAGUGAAAAUGUAGAUAGAGGUACUCGGUUUGGGACUGGAAUUAACGGAGCACGAAAUUCUUUAAGUUUAAAAAGCGGAUCUAUGGUAAGGACAACGAAUGGAGGAUUGUUUGGAUCUGAACCCAGCACCAAAGGGGUUGGAUUUGGAAGUGGCGCAAGCUCUAACGUAUCUAGGACCUCUAUUGUUUCUGAAACACGCGGAAGUCACUCUGGAAGGUCGAAAGAUUACGGAAGAAGUGGCAGAUUAUCUGAUACCGGUACUUCAGAAGCAGGUAGUGGCCUUGAAGGAGCAGGGAAACAACUUCGAUUCUUUGAAAGCGUCAGCAGGUCUCGUAGCGGAAGCUUCUCAGAAAGUGGACGCAACAUCGGUGCUAAUGACUUCGGGGGGUUGAUAGGAAGUGGCACUGGGAUAGCGAGCGAUGAAUUUGGUUCACAUGAUGGUGCCGUAAACAACUUACACGUUAAUAGAGAAAAAGGAGUUGGUGUCGGUGCAGUUGGAGGCAAUGUUGUAAUUUCUGACGGAGGUGAAGGUGAAGGAGGCUUGAGGCUUUUAGAGAGAGGAAAAGUGUUAAGCAGCGGACCUACUGGCCCAGAAAUAAUAAUUAGCCAAUCAUCUACCCAUAGUUUAAAAAGUAGUAAAGCUCGCUUAGUUCCCACCAGCGGAACGAGCACUAGCGAUUUCGAUGAUGGAAUUAAAGGUCUAGAAGUGAAGGGAACAGUUGGUAGAAAUAAGGAAUUUAUACGCUCUUCUACUACGUACACCUUAGGAGGAAGUGAAUUGAAAAGAAGUUUCGGCUCUGGACAUAUGGGAUUAACUCCCGAUGGAAGCUUUAGUUCACUUGAAUCAUCAGAUAAUUCCGGAUUUGUCUCAGCAUCUAGUAAGGCUGAGAAAUUUUCAAAAAGUCCAGGGGAAGGAUUAGUCUCUGAGGAAGUUUCUGGAGGAACUGACAGCGAUUCAGAAAGUCGUUUAGAGGGCUUAAGAAUUCCAGAAAAUGUAAACAGCUUAGGAGGUAAUGGUGGUAGUAGUACUGGAACUGUUGGUGAUUCUGGAUUUGAAAAUACACGCGGGGUAGAAAGCGGUGACAUUAAGAGUCAUAUCAGACUGAGUAGCAGCGCGUCUGGAUCCCAUACCCAUAGCGUAAUUGGCCUAGAAGAUUCAGACGAGAGUGUCAGUAAUUUUGGAAGUCCUUCUGUCGGCAAUAAGAACCCAAAUGGGAUCAUUGUUUCUCGUUCUUCUGCAAGGGGACGGAGUGACGUGGGAGGUAAUUCUGGUUCAGGAACCGGCGGUGGCGUACGAGAUAUUGAUAAGAGGUCUGAAGGCGAUUUUACUGGAAGUGAAGGGGGUAUCGGCAAAAUAUUUGGAAUUAGUUCCAGAGGCAGCAAAAGCGGACCAGGAAGUACCACAUCUGGGGGCUCUGCGGGCACUUCAGAAGCUGCAUCUGGGUCUGAAGAAAUCUCAGCAUCUGUACAUAGGCCUACUUCUAAUCUCAGAGGCGGUUUCAAUGGCUCCGGCGGUACUACUAAGAGUGGAUUAAGAGGACCUGCAGCCAGUUUCGGACAUAUUUAUGUAGUUCGAGAAAGCUCCUCAUUGCAGAGUGGUUUCGACGGAGAAGGAGGCUCCAGCAUUCCUUCUCACUAUGGGUCUGGUGGUACUAAGGAUGGAUCAAAGGCAGGAAAUGACGGAGGCACUACAAUUAGUUUGGGUGGUUUCGGAGGUGGCUCUGGGCCGGAAGGUACUCCUGGCUCAGGAGGAAAUUCUGUAUCGAUAGCUGAUGUCAAUAAAUUAAGGGAUAUUAGCAGUGAUUUUCGAGACGGCUCCGAUGACAAUAAUAGUCGCAGUGGGACCUUUGGAGGACCAGAAGGUGGUUUGGGUGACAGUGUUCUGUCAGGCAGUAGAAGAGAUACUGGAAAUGCUUAUGGCAGUGGGAGUUACAUUGUAAGUGGUUCAGGCAGCAGUAGUUUUGAUAGUUAUGCAGGUAGUUCAGGCAAAUCAGGUCAUAAUUAUGGAUUUAUUGAUGGCGGAAAACAUAGAGGCAAUAUUUUCGGCACUGAAAGUAAGAGAAAAACUACAUCUGAUAGUGAUAUUACUGAAGGCUCUGCUAUUACACGCAGUGGCUUUAGCAGCAAUUAUGAAGCUAGUGACCUGGGUGAAAUAAAUGACCAUAAGAACAUAUUUGGUUCUGGGGACAAGAAAUCACAUAGUCUCGCCUUCGGAAGCUCAGCCGGGAACAGUUACGGGUUAGACAGAAGUGACGGUGGGAAAAAAGUUUCUGUCAGUAUUUUUGGAGACGACAGUAAUACCGAAAGAGGAUCCACGAAUGGCGAUUUUGGAGACUCUUCUAGUAGCCCGUUUUUAAGUAAUUAUGCAAAUAGUGGUUUGAACGGAAUAAGUGGGUCUCAGAACAUUUUCAGAACAAGUUACGUUGCCAGUGUGACGCACAGUAAGACGAUUGGUAGUUCCAGUGGAAGCGCCACUGGCCUCUUAAGCAACCCUGAAUUAGGGACAAGUGGCCUUGUGCAUAAAAACGACACUGAAAGUUCUUUUGGAAGAGGGAGUGAUAUCCACGUAGGAUCCAACUCAAGUGAUUUUGAAAGCUCUAUCGGGAGGACCAGUUACUUGGGCAGUUACGGAUUGCAAGGAAAUGGGUUCAGCGGAAUAAGAGGUACUCGUUCUGAUGUUGCUCAGAGUCAGGGUCAAAGCGGAUUAGAUAGUGAUACUUCUGCAUCCUCUGCUGAAAGUUUGACAGGUGGAAGUGGUUGUGGUGGAGCCUAUGGUUAUGAUCAAGUUGGAAGAGGCUGUGUUGAAGGUAACAUAGGAAUUCGCGAUGAACAUCAGUGGAAAACUGCAAAUUUCGCUAAAGAAAGAAGCACAGGAGAAGCUGUAAACUCAGAAGAUGUUGGUGAGGACAAAAGUGUAGAUGUACAUACUACAGGGGACUCAGCGUUCGUUGUUGGGUUGGAAGAAAAUACUAAUUCCGGUAGAACAAACAGUUUCAAUACAGGUACAGGCACGCCAGGUAUAGUCGGCGAAAACAAGGAGAGAGCGAGUGCUAUUGGCGAUAUUUAUGAAACUAGUAAACUUAGGAGUGGCUCAAGUAGCAGCGUGGUAGGCGGCAGUGUCCGUGGUGGUUUCAGUGGCAUUAGGGGUACAGACUCCGGAGGUUCUAGCGCUCAAGGGGGCUCAGUACAUGGUGGAGAAGUAAGGGGUCCCUUAGCUGGGAAUAUACCUGGUAAUGAAUUCAGCUCAAACGCGAAUAACUUCAGAAGCGUUGGUGGUUACAUCAGAUAUGUAGGUGGAUUGAGGGAACUGGGCGAAAUUGCAGCUCUUCGUGGAACGGGUGAAUCUGAUGUUAAUGUUAGAGGGGAUCAUAGUAGUAGCAGUCUUGGUGUGCUGAGUAAUGGUGGAGCAGACGGAAUAUUCGGCGAAAUAAAUCCCUACAGUAUUAGAAGAAAUAUGGUCCAGAGGAGCUCCAGCAGAAGCAGUUUAGGAGGAACUACUAGUGCUGAAGGAGACGCGAGAGGGGAACCAGCUGAAUCUGAGAUAAGCAAUGGUUCCAAAAAUGGAUUUGUUGUCUCACAUUUCUGGAGUUCUGGAGGAAUUCCAGACUGUGGAAGUGGUCUGGAUGGAACUGAUGGCACCAGCAAUUCAGAUCCUCCUUCAAGUGUGGGGAAACACGGGAGUGUUAAGGUUGGAUAAGGGCGCUGAUUGCAUACCAUGGAACACAAGAGUAUUGACGAUCACAAUUGUUAUCAUCAUCUGCAUUGUUAUGUUAAACAUCUCAUAAAAUUACCAAGUGUAUGGAUGAGGGUUAUUUAUUGAAUUUUCUUUCACUACUUUGUAAUUAAGACUGAUUAAUAACUUUGAAAUGAGAAAAUAAGACACAACUUAAUUACAAAAUAAAA